GGUGACGAGAGUUCAGGUUCAUUCUCUUUGUCGGACAUGUCAUUUUGUCGGGGCAGUGGCUCUGGUAUCGCGACGAAUUCAGCGAUCCGACCUACACGGCGUUCGUCUUUGUCAUGACUCAGUCGAGAUAACGCAAGGGUUCUCUUUGUUCGUCACUCUCUCUUUCUCUCUCUCUUUGUCAGUCCGGUUGUAAAUUUGCUAAUUAGCGAGGAUGUGGAAAGCGGCGGCCGGAGCAAAGCUGGAAGUCCUGCCAGCGCCGGACGACGACUGGGAAACGGACCCUGACUUCAUCAACGAUGUCACAGAACAAGAACAGCGAUGGGGCUCAAAGACGAUCCACGGUUCUGGGCGCACAGCCGGCUCCAUCGAUAUGAAGAAAUUAAGGGAGGAGGUUGCUGCCUCGGAUGCAAUACAGAAAAAGAAACAGCAAGAAGAAGGGCCGAAAGCCGCUUUCGGUUAUGGAGGGAAGUUUGGCAUUGAAAAAGAUAGAAUGGAUGAAUCAGCUGUUGGCCAUGAUUAUGUCGCCAAAUUAGAAAAGCAUGUAUCACAGAAAGACUACAGUGCAGGAUUCGGUGGUAAAUUUGGAGUUCAGAGUGAUAGAAUUGACAAGAGUGCAGUCAGCUGGGAGCAUAAAGAAGCACCGCAAAAGCAUGCUUCGCAGACAGAUUAUAGAACCGGCUUCGGAGGGAAAUUCGGCGUUCAGAAAGACCGCCAAGACAAAUCCGCUGUUGGAUGGGAUCACGUCGAAAAGUUGCACAAACAUGAAUCGCAGACUGAUUAUGCUCGCGGUUUCGGUGGUAAGUUCGGCAUUGAGAAAGGCAAACAGGACAAAGCUGCAGUCGGGUGGGACCACAUAGAAAAACCCCAAAUCCAUCCUUCACAGAAAGAUUAUACCGUUGGUUUCGGAGGUAAAUUCGGUGUGCAGGUGGACAGGCAGGACAAAUCCGCAGUCGGUUGGGACCAUGUCGAACAAGUCGCUAAACACCAUAGUCAAACCGAUCAUAGCAAAGGUUUUGGCGGAAAAUUUGGUGUCGAGAGCGACCGAGUUGAUAAAUCGGCUCAUAAAUUUACUGACUCUUCUGAAAAAGUUGGAACAAAUUAUGAGAAACAAAAACCAGAUAUUGGUGUUCUCAAGCCAUCGAACCUGCGUGAAAAAUUCGAGAACCUCGCCAAGCAGAGUGAACAGGAGAGUAUGAAAGAAGUCGAUCCAAAGAAGGGGGUGUCGUUCAACAAGGAGCAGAACAAGAAUCAGAGCAAGAGUCAAAACGUGGUAUCGGAGAAGUCAGAGGCAAAAAAGGUUUCGUUGAGCGACGAAGACGUCUCUAGCAACAUCAGCCAGAGUCCCAAGCCACAAAACUGUUUACAUGGAUUUCUAAAGGGGAAACAUGGCAAUUUCAAACUAUUUGUGGGUAAACAGAAGUACAAGAAGAAUGCCAAGCCCCCUCUUAAUAAAAAGUCGUCCGAUUCCGAUUCGGAACAAUUGCCGAUUGACAAGAAUGUCAAAGAUAAAGAAAAAGGUUCAUCGGACAGUUCGUCCCAGGGGGGUAAAGAUACCAUGUCAAAACCGGUAAGAAAGAGCACAAUUCCAACUAGCGCUAGCUUCCUUUCUGAAGACACAUGCACCAAAGUUGAGGCGGAGUGUUACAUGAUAUGUAAAGCCCCUCUAGAGGCAGUUAAACAGAAACAGGAAAAAAACAAAAAGGACGAAUGUAAAGAAGCCUCUGACGAGUCUUUUGAUCCUUGCGAUUAUGAGUUAAUUAAAUUGAAACCUCCAUUAAAACUAACUGAAGAGAAGACAAAGAUUAAAGAAGCUUCAGAGGAUUCUUUUGAACCUUGUAAUUAUCCAAUGGUGAAACCGAGAUCAAGGUUGAAAAAUAUCAAAGAACCUGAAGGAUGUUCUGAGGAUUCUUUCGAUCCUUGUGAUUAUAUAUUGAAGAAACCGAGAUCAAGACUGAAAAAAAUCAAAGAGGUUGAAGAAUGUUCAGAGUUUUUCGAUUAUGCCAUAAGGAAACCGAAAUUGAAGCAAAAAAAAGUGAAAGAAAAGAAAGAGGAUAAAGAAGCUUCAGAUGAUUCUCAUGAGUUGUACGAUUAUCAGCUAAUCAAGUUGAAACCGUUGCCGAAAAAAAUUAAAGAGAAGAAACCGAACAAAGAAUUAGAGGGUACUUCUUCAUGUUAUGAUGAAGUAAUGGGUAAAAGUAAGCCUCGUGGUAAAAUCAAGAAAAAAUGCCACGAUUUAUCUGAAGCUUUCGAGUUGUUGGAAUCUAACACUAACAACAAAGAAUUGUUGAAAUGCAUUGGAAAUAUCAUGGUUGGGAUUCGGACCGACAUUCACGACCUAAGGUGCCGUCAGCUCUUUACGCUGCAAACCCUUGGUACUAUGAAGGCUGAUAUGGUCAGAAUGAAAGAAAUGCUUAAUUCGAACAAAUGGUUUAUCGAUUUAAUUAUUAAUGAAGUACAGUCGAAGGAAGAAGUUUCAUGUCCGAAAGAGGAUUUGGCUGCCGAGUCGAUAUGCGCUGAUAUGAAAAACGUUGAAAUCACCCCUUCCCUGGCAGAACAAAGUGAAGUUGAGGAAAGUAACAUGCAAAUGCCGAAAGUCAGAGACGAUGUGGAAGAAGACACAGGCUACACUGCUAUUGCUCUAUACGAUUAUCAAGCAGCGGCCGAUGAUGAAAUAUCAUUUGAUCCCGAUGAUAUCAUCACGAACAUCGAUAUGAUUGAUGAAGGUUGGUGGAGAGGAUGCUGCAACGGCCAGCAAGGCCUUUUCCCGGCGAACUACGUCAUACUCCAGUAAAACGAAAAUAUAUCCAUUCCUCAAACAUGGUUUUAUAAAUGACAUGGGUUAUUUUUGUUCGCUUAUCCCUUAACUUUAUAUUUGUUAAUUUUGGGGAAAAUAUUUUUUAUAAUGAAUAUUUUUAAACCCAAUAAUAAUAUUGUACACAAGUAUUAUCAUAUUUGUUUUUAAUUAGUCGAAACUUCCAGAAAUGAGAUUAAUAUUAAAAAAAAAAAUGUAUAUAUAAAACAACAAAAUUAUAUUGGCCUAAAUGUAUGGUAUUUAUAACACAUAUUAAAAAUAAAUAUAUAUACCUAUACAUUCUUUCUUCUUUUCAUUCUUAAAAAUGGUAUUUUUAAUCAACAUAAUUGAACAUGAAAUAAUUUUUAAAUUUUAACCACAGUUGAAAUUGAAAAAUUGUUAAUUUAAAUUGUUUAGAGGUUGAUUUGGUGUAUUAUGUUAAUAGGUUUAAUAAGGCAAAUGUUUAAUGUUGGUGAUUAAAGUAUAUUAUUGUAUAUUGGGGUUAGUCAAUAAAAAUGACAAUUCUCAAUUUUUCAAUUUAUUUAUUUUUGAAAUCUUUUAUGCCUUCCAAUGUUACUGUUACCGGCAUUGAUUUAAUAAGUACUGAUCGUGCUAUUUUGAGUAGCGCUGUGCCCUAUUCAUUUGUAGGCUAAAUAUGUUUCAUGAAAUAAAUAACUUGUGAAAAUG